CACAGAGAAAGAGUGAGAAGAUUUAGAGAGGGAGGGAGGGAGAGAGAGAGAUCUGCGACUGUUCGAUGGCCACGAGCAAGAGCUACUUCGCCAACCGGGCGAGCUACCGCUUCUUCUCCAACGACCCCGCCGCCGCCGCCGCCGCCGCCGCCCCCCACGCCUCCACCGCCUUCGAGCUCGACGAGUCCGACGUCAUCUACGGCUCCCACUCGCCGGAGCUGCGCAGGCCCGUCCGGACCUCGGACUCCUCCUCCUCCUCCUCCUCCUCCUCCAAGAGGUCGUCCGCCGCCGCCUCCAAAAGGGGCUCCGACCCCGGGGACCGGCGGGGCUCGGCGCCGUCGUCGUCGCUGCCGGUCAACAUCCCGGACUGGUCGAAGAUCCUGAGGGGGGAGUACCGGGAGAACCGGCGGCGGGACAGCCUCGGCGACAGCUACUACUCCGACGACGACGAGGACGCGGCGUGCGGGGGCUGGGGAGGGGGAGGCAGGGGGGGCGGCGUUGGGGAGGACGGCGCCGCCCGGGUGCCGCCGCACGAGUUCCUGGCGCGGCAGAUGGCGAGGACGAGGAUCGCGUCGUCGGUGCACGAGGGGAUCGGGAGGACCCUGAAGGGGAGGGAUCUGAGCAGGGUGCGGAACGCCAUCUGGGAGAAGACGGGGUUCGAGGACUGAGGACACGGAGGGCGGGUGGGUGCUGCAAGUUUUCGCUGUUUUCUGAGCAACUGCGGAGGAAUUUAUUACAGAAUAUUCGUUUUAGGUAAAAAUGAAAAGUUCUAAUCA